AAUUUUGGAAAUCAAUUUUUAAAUUUUGCUGCGUGUGACUAUUACUUCGGCGCCAUUAGAUCUAGAGACAGCGAACUGAUGUGCCGGUUAUCGUGAUGAUUAUUAAGGAGAAAAGGAGAUUAUCUUUAGAUGAAAGAUUAAUCGAGUAAAUACAAAAACGAAGCGGACACAAAGUAUAAGAUCAAUAUAUACUGUACUAUCAAUCAUGUCGACCCGUGACCCAAAAUACACGACUUUAUUUGAAGCGGCAAAAAAUGGAGAUAAAAACAGAAUGGAGCAGCUUCUCGACGAGGGAGUCAACGUCAAUUCAAAAGACAAGGACGGAUUUUCUGCACUACAUUACGCUGCUCUGUCUUUCUCAGAUUCAGCUGUACGUUUUCUUCUCACUAAAAAAGCAAGUACUUUAUCAGCAGAAAAGGAAUUAGGCAGAAUUCCUCUUCAUUUGGCUUGCUCAAAACCCCCUGGGAAUCCUGCCACUACAGAAAUUGUGAAAGCACUUGUGAGGACUUCAGGGAAAGAAGCAAGAGUCAUGAUAGAUAAGAAUGGAGAAACUCCCUUAUCGAUGGCUAUCAGUGCAGGGAAUCUCCAGGCGAUACGAGAGCUGUUUGCAGCUGGUCAAGUUGAACAACAAUUGAAGGCAAUAAAACCCAACGGUGAUUCCAUCAUGCAUUUGGCUGCGAGACGACGCGAUACUGAGAUUGCAAAAUACCUGAUUCAACAUGGUGCAGAAAUCGAUCUACAAAAUAAUGAAGGCCAGACACCCAUGCACAUUUCUGCAGCUGAAGGAGACGAACACAUGUUUAAAGUUCUAUAUACCAUGAAAGGAAAGAUAGACAUACCUGACCAUGAGGACCGCACCCCCCUGUAUCUAGCCACCCAGGGAGGUUACACGGGAAUCAUAGAGUUCCUUGUUGACAAAGCUAAAGCCGAUGUCCAAAUAAGAUCAAAGGAUGGAAACACUCUAUUACACUUAUCCUGCUCUAACGGUCACGCGGACUCAACAAUAUUACUAAUCAAGAAAGGAGUCCUUCCACAAAUGCCAAACAAGGAAGGGUCACUGUGCAUUCACAAUGCAGCAAGAAAUGGCCACGCAAAUGUCGUUAAAGCUCUUCUCGAGAAAGGUGUUCCCGUUGAUAUAAAAAACAAAAAUAAUUUGACUGCUCUUCACGAGGCAGUGAUGAAUAGAAGACACGCUGUUGUCCAGCUAUUGCUAGGUUUUGGUGCAAACAAGGAAAGUGUUGGCGGAAGAGACUGCGAAUCACCGAUACACAUGGCAGCAAGAGUUAGAAAUGGAGAACGAGUUGCCGACAUAUUGAUCAGAAGUGGAGCCAAUCCAGACACAAGAAAUGAGAAAAAUGGCGAGCGAGCAUUACAUGUUGCUGCGAGAAACGGAAAUCUGAAGGUGGUUCGGCUACUGCUAAAGGAAGAUGUGGAAGUAGCAAGACGAUCAGCGAAUGGCGAGACCCCUCUUCACCAAGCAUGUGCAAAUGGUCAUUAUGAAAUAGCCAAGAAAAUAGUUGAGAAGCUCUUCAACGAUAAGAGCUUUGCUUUUGCAAGACUCGUAGUCAAUAUUCCGAACGACAGAGGAGAAACUGCGCUGCACCAUUUGGCUCAAAGAGUACGACGCAAAGAAAGUGUAGAAGAUCUGAUCAACAUUGCGACACUUUUACUUGACCACGGCGCUAAUAUGACAAUGAAGACUAGCGCGAAAAAAGAGACACCUCUCCACUGGAUUGCGCGCUCCGGUAAUUAUGAUGUCUUGAAAGCCAUGUUGACAUCUACCAAGGUUCCUUUGCAUAUAAUCCAGUCAGGAAUCAACAGCAAAACAGACAUCGGGGCGUCUCCCCUGAUGAUCGCCUCUCACCAUGGGAACCUCGAGGUGGUCAAGGUGCUGUUGAAACAUGGAGCAAGAGUUGACGUGUUUGAUGAGACUGGUAGUACUGCUCUGCAUCACGCCGCGACGUACGGUCACGAAGAAGUGGCAUGUAUUUUAUUGGACCACAAGGCCUUCGUGAACGGUCGAACAAAGCUCGGUGUCACACCACUUCACCUCGCUGCUGAAAAAGGUUGCGUAGGACUGGUGAAGAUCCUAGUCAGCAAAUACAAAGCUGUGGUCGAUCCUGCGACAAUGGAUAAAAAGACGCCAUUACACAUGGGUGCCGAGAGUGGCUUUGCAGAUGUUUGCAGCUUGCUUCUUAGUCUUGGUGCAGACGCUAACUCUUCAGACUCGAAAGGAAUGAUACCCGUUCACUAUGCGGCAGUCAAAGACAGAGAAGAGGUCGUGGAAAUCUUUUACAAAAAUCGCCCAGAGACGAUGACGCAGCCUAAUGAUGAUGGCCUAACAGUGAUGCUACUAGCUUCCAGGGAAGGAAGCAUCAAUGUCAUCAAGAAACUGGUCUCACUAAAUUUUUCCAGCUGCUCCACAGAAAAGGCUGUUCUCUCAAGACCACUGUUAAUGGCUGCACGUGCCGGACACACUGAAGUUGUCGAAUUUCUGCUUCGAAGUGGUGCAUCAGCCACCGAGGAAGACAAGGACGGUAUGAGUGUCAUGCUGCUUGGUGCAAAGUUUGGACAGAUGAAGGUGGUGGACAUGCUGUGGGGUAAAGUGGCAAUCGAUCGACCGAGUUCUAAGACCGGUUUAACUCCUGUGCACGUGGCUUCGUUGUACGGUCAGACAGAAGUUCUACAGGAAUUGCUUUCAAGAUCCAGCGCAUCGGGGUCUUUCGUCAGUGCGCCUCCAUUAGAAAAAGAUGAAACUAUUGAUCAUGGAUUCACUCCACUUCAUCUCGCCAGUCAAAAUGGAGACCCGGCUUUAAUUCGCAUGCUCAUGAACAACCCUGGUGUGGUGAUUGACGCGAAAACUGUGGGCAAGAAACGCACUCCUCUGCAUUACGCGGCUUUUGAGGGCCACAUUGAAGUCGUCAGUACGUUGAUCAGCAAGACAACAGCGCCGAUUCACAUGAAGGAUGCCGAGGGGCAGACUCCACUACAUAUGGCCGCGGGGAAUGGGUACAAGGAGCUUGUUACACUUUUGAUUGGUCAGGGAUCUGAUAUCAAUUCACAGGACGAGGAAGGUAACACACCUCUCCAUUUGUCAGCUCAAAGCGGAUUCUUAGCCGUCACUAAGCUUUUAACUGAAUACGGUGCAUCUACGGUGGCCCAGAAUAAGGCCGGCAAGUCUGCCAUUUGUUUGGCAGCAAGCAAGCGAUGUAGUGAUGUGUUGAAUUUUCUGCUGGGACAAAAACUGGAUCACGAUCAACUUAUUCGCGACAAAGCUUUUUUGUUGGAUUUAGUCAACUGCGCGAGAAAAGAGGAUCAAAAACCAUUGAAAGCCUUUGUUCUUUCGGCACCUGCUCCAGUGCACAUCUCCUCGCUGCUCGCUCACUCAUUCAGCAACGAGUCGCGCAAGAACAAGGAAUACCAAACAGUGCUCCGAGAAGCCACCAUGGUCUGUGAAACAAUGGCAAAUAACCUCAUUACAGUAUCUUGCGCUGAUGACAGUGAGUCAGUCCUCAAUGCCCUGGACGGACAGAACACUGCUUUCCUGGACUUCUUGAUCGCUUGUGACCAGAAAGAGUGCGUGUCUCAUGCUAUCGUCCAGCAAUAUGUUACUGAUAUCUGGUACGGUGAUCUGAAAUUGGAAGAUUGGAAAUUCCUUCUGCUGUUCGUAGCUGCCUUAUUUUUCCCACCAAUCUGGAUCUAUCUGAGCCUUCCAUUCAAGAAUCGAUACCAGUAUAUUCCCAUCAUAAAGUUCAUCUGUCGACUCAUUUCACACUUGUAUCUCCUGAUGCUAUUCAUUUUGACCACAGUCAUGCCAUGGGGCUUUUCGUACCAGAAUCUUUUGCCUAACGUCUUUGAGUGGAUGCUUCUGGUCUGGGUGAUAGGACUUCUCCUAUCGGAAAUAACGUCGACCAGAGAGCGCCGAGGUCUUGGCUGGAUUCCCUCUAUCGUGGUUGUCAUGACUUUUGUUGGAGUCAUUAUUCAUUUGGUCGCGUUUGCGUAUGAAAGCGAACACAGAAAGAACUUGAUUUUUUCAAGGAAUCAGGUUUUAGCUUUUGGUAUGGUGAUGUGCGUGGUACAGCUCCUGCAAUUUCUUUCCAUUCAUCAUUUAUUCGGUCCGUGGAGCGUUAUUAUUGGCCACCUCGUGGUCGAUGUACUUCGAUUCCUUGUCAUUAUGCUGCUGUUUGUCUUUGGCUUCGCUCUACAAUUGGCCGCUGUUUUCAAACCUAUGGAAGAAAAUGAAAGUGGAUACACACUCAAAAGCGUUGAUACGGGUAUUGUCGCUAUUAUAGAGUUGUUGUUCUUUGCCUUGUUUGGGUUGACGUCACAAAAGGAUGUCAAAUACACCUCUGGGGACUUCCCUGAAGCAACUAUUGGUAUCGCUAAGGCUGUGUUUGGCGUGUACAAUGUGCUGUGCAUGAUUGUGCUGAUCAACCUGUUGAUCGCCAUGAUGAGUGACACCUACCAACGCAUCCAAGAAAGAUCUGAUGUCGAGUGGAAGUUUGGAAGAGCGAAGCUUAUCAGGACAAUGGAGGUUGAAGUUUCCCAACCGUCUCCCAUCAACAUCUUUACCUACAUGGUCAAUCUUAUUCGCAUCCUCUUCAAGGUACGCUGUAACUGCAUGCGUUCUAAUAUCAUCGGGAUGAUGCAUGCAGAGGAAGAGCAACGAAAAGCCAAACAAAAGAAAGACCGCAACCGAAAAUCCCACAGAAGUCCCAACGGUUUGCUGCAGCUGAAGCUGGAAAACUCAGGAGUAACUGAGAACUCAGAACUGCGCAUUCAGAGCGUCGUCGACUGGAAUUCAAUGAUUGAUAAAUACCUCGACAUUACGGGUGAAAAAACUGUAGACCCUACGCUCAGUAAGAAAGGUAGAGCCAAAAAUUCUAAUGGUCCGUCUGCUGCUCAAGCUACUGGACAAGCAUUGCAGAGAAUUAACGUUGUUAACGCGUUAAAGAUGUGAGCAACAAUUCGUCGUACCGCGCGACACAACUUUUUCAUCAGAGGAACAAUUCGUACCGCGCGAAACAACUUUUACAUCCGAGGAACAAUUUGUUAUACGGCGCGACACAACUAUUUCAUCAGAGGAACAAUUUGUAACGCGCAACACAUUUUAACAUCAGAGCUGUUCAACGACGUUUACGAUCACUACCUCCCGAUGCCGAACUAAAGAAAUAAUAGUUUCCUAUAUUGAUAGAUACUUAAUGUAUACCAGUGCUAUUACGUCUUUGAUGCACAAGUCUAUCAAAAGUCUAAUUACCCAGGAAAUCAGACCUUGUUUAUUCCCUUAACGAGUCUGAAGGUAUAUUUUGUAGUAUAAACAUACGUAUUAUUAUCAAUAGUAUUGAUAUUAUUUUGUUAAGUGUAAAGGAAACAUGAAGGGUAAAAAAAAAUGCAAUUUGGAUUUCUUACUUUGUACGGUUACAGCGUAUAUUAUACCGAAUUAAGCGACAAAGUUACGACGUCCAUUAUGCGCUAUUAUAGGACACUGUACUUUGUUCAAAAUUUGUAUCUAAUCACAUUGCAACAUAGUCAGAGCUUCUAUAACGUCACAUCAUUGUUUCAGGUUAAAAAGAAUGUGCAAUAGUCCAGAUUUAAACAUAGUUACAGCGUCUAUAAUUUCCCAUCAUUGUUUACGGUUAUAAUAAGAACGUGCAAAAUAGUCCAAAGUAAAACAUAGUUACAGUGUCUAUUAUGUUCAGUUAUUGGUUAUGACACGGUAUGGCACGGUUACGGCGCAGGAUGUCGUAACAAUGGUAUAUUGUGGUGUACAGUUUUGUUUUAACCAAUGACAUUGCUUCAUUUAAUAAUAUUGAAAAAUAAAUAAAAUAAAAUAAAAUAUAAAACAAAUGACAUUGCACCUAGAGAGACUACACCAGUCAGUAGUAUGUGGUCUGUAUUUCUCGCUCAUUCUUAUCAUUAUAAUGAGUUAAUAUUAAGACAAGCCCCAGGUUUACUGACUAGGAAUAGUAUAUUUUUGCAACUUUCUAAUCUAUAAUUUUUUAAAUCAACUUACUAAAUACUAGUAGUACGAUCCUGCACACAGUUUGAAACCUGUUGACAGUGAGCAUCUGAGCUUAUAAUUCCUGGCCAGAUUUAAGAUAUGAUGGUUAUUCGAAGCACUAACUAAUGUUUAGUGAGGUUCUUUGACUUCAUUGGUCUGUCUUAACUUUUCUGCACUUGUUUUGACAAGCAAAGGAUCAUGGGUAGUUGUAAGUGUGGACACGGCUAUCUUAGCGUGUGCCCAUGUAUAGCAAACAGUUGUAAAUAAGACAAAAUACCUGUAAUAUUGUAAGCAUAAACAAUCAUACACCUCAA